AUGUAUAUGAAUCCUGAAGAUGAGGCUUCCAUGUUCCAUUUGCAUAAAGACCACUCUCUUUGUUCAUUGCACAUUGGCUUUGACGAUUGGAGCCACUCAGACUUUCAAAAAACCUUUGCUUAUAACCUCUUGAAUCACAAUGAUCCUGUGCUCGUACAGUUGUCUGGUAAUCUAGACUAUAUCCGAACAUUCAAUGGCUUGGAUAUUCCAACUUACAGCCCAGAGACUGGAAUAUUGACUAUGAUAGUACGCUUUUCUAGAUUACAGCAAGAAUCAUCUGCCGCAUUAGUGGCAAAAGCGUGCGCUUCACCUGGGCCUAUUUAUCGUCCCUCUAGAAUAGCAAGGGCCGAAAUUACCAGUCUUCCGGAAGUCAGCUUGAGCAAUGUCAAGGAAGGACAUGAGACUUGGGUUCUGUUGCACGUGGGCUUGGGUAGUGAUAUUGAGGACAAGUAUCAGGCUAUGGCCGUGGAAUUUCCUGCCCUUCCUAUAAAUGAAGUUGUUCCUCUAUCUCCUGUAGUAGAAUAUCACAAUAUGGACACGUCAUAA